GACAAGUAUAUAAAGAGAUAUCCAAAAUUUCAAUACCACAGAGAGAGCACAGAAAGAGAAGAAAAUGGCUUCGUUCGAUUCGUUUAGCAUGGACGGCGAUGACUCUGUGGCGAUGGCGGCAAGUCCUUCCUUCCACGACGGCGACUACUCCGCUGCCGGCACGCCGGUUUAUGAGGAAGUUACAGUCGAUCACGUUUCUCACGCAGUCAACAAUCCCGAUCCCUACGGGUUCGGGUCGGGUCAAUCAAUUCCUUUUGGUGACUCCGAGGCUCCGAUCUCUGAUGGAAAUGGUAAGGCUUACGAUCUCGGUGAAGAUUCUGAAGGAAUUUUCAGCUCCGAUGGACCGGUACUUCCUCCUCCUAGUGAAAUGAGAGAGGAAGGUUUAGCCCUACGCGAAUGGAGAAGGCAAAAUGCUGUCCGUCUUGAGGAGAAUGAGAAAAGGGAAAAAGAAAUCAGAAACCAAAUUAUUGAGGAAGGCGAAGAGCAUAAGAAAGCAUUCUAUGAGAAAAGAAAGCUCAAUAUUGAGACCAAUAAGACUAACAACCGAGACAAAGAGAACGUGUAUGUAACUAAUCAAGAAAAGUUCCACAAAGAAGCUGACAAACAGUAUUGGAAAGCUAUAGCGGAGCUCAUUCCUAAUGAGGUUCCGAAUAUUGAGAAGAAAGGGAGGAAGAAGGAUCAAGAGAAGAAGCCGUCCGUCACAGUCGUCCAAGGUCCCAAACCUGGAAAACCAACCGAUCUUUCAAGGAUGCGUCACGUUUUGGUGAAGCUUAAGCACAACCCACCGCCUCAUAUGCUACCACCACCGCCCGCACCUGCCAAGGAUGACAAAGCUGGGAAGGAUGGAAAAGAUGCUAAGAACACUAAAGAUGCAGCACCUGCUACCGGAGACAGCGUACCUGCUAGUGAAUCCAGUGUUGCUCAGGCAAUUUCUCAGACAUUAGAACCUGCUGCUACUGCAGAGGUCUCUUUAUUCUCUUGAGGGACAAGAAAACAUCCAUUUUGGUACUCCAUAUUCUAUGCCUUGCUAACAUGUUGUUGAUUCGAGGCGAAUGCAGCUGCAUUUUGUUAUUCUAAAACAUCAAGAUCUUUUAUUUGUAAUCGUAGUUGAGACGAUUUUCAUGUUCAUAGAAAUCUCUUUUCUCUCUAAUGUUGAUAAUCGUUUAACUUUCUUCAUCUUUGUGGCCUCUGUGACUGACCUAGAGGCUCCAUUUUGUAUCAUUUUAUGUCAUGAUUUUAUGUGUGUCACAGAGGCUCUAAAACUAAUCCUUCUUUCCCAAAUUGUUUGAAUCAUUUUUCUUUUUCAA